UAACGACGAGCAUUUAGUGACCAGAACUGAUCGCAAUCAUAGAUUCAAGAAUUGGGCCAAGGCCAUUUGGUAGGGUAGGGUAGAACCGAUCCAUCAUUUGCGCAUUCACGCAAACACAUGGUCGUUGUAGAGUUCGAAUGCGAUGGCGGAGGUCGCUGCAUUAACUGCAGCAUGCCCUGUGAAGCGGGAGGUAGAUGCGCAUCGAUGAGUCUGAAUGGCCUGCACGACGAGGCCUCAAAAGUCUGAUGAGUUGCGUGGGAGAUUUGGUUGAAACGAGCUUCAUUUCUCUACCUACUUCGCUAUUAUUGUGGUUGUGGCAAAUUAAUUAUGGAGUUUCAGGUCGAAUGGUUCGCCUACCGUGCUUUAAUGGCCAAGCAAAGCAGGCUUUUGAUGGGCGUCCGCUGCUCAUUCUCGCCUUUAUCUUUAGAAUCCAUCCUUUUCGAUCAGCCCUUGUCGAACCAGCCUGUCUUGUCUGUGGACAAGGCAAUGGUGGCGGAAUGGAAACAAAGGUUGAAAGAGAUGCUUCUUCCGGAGGCAACACUUUGCUUCUGAAGGUCUCCGAAACCGCUAUUUGUGUUGCUGGCCGUGGUCUGCUUCACCUGGUUGGGGGGAAUUACUAAUUAGGGAUUUCAUAGCUCGCUGUGGGGGUGGUCUGAUUCCAUGAGCUCUCGGAGUAGGGGACUCGUUAGGCGGAAGGAACCGGCGAUGGCGAAGGAGGAGCCCUGUUCCAAGGGCCAGGCUUGGUUUUGUUUCACCACGGGAUUGCCGAGUGAUAUCGCGAUCGAAGUAGAUGGGAUGAGUUUCCAUCUCCAUAAGUUUCCUUUAAUGGCGAGGAGUGGGAGGAUUCAGCGGCUGAUCACGGAGAUGGAGGAAAACCCUAAAACUGCCCUGAGAAGAAGGCGGAAGGAAAGGGUUGAAGCAGGGGAGCCACAGGAGGGUGAUGACGGAGCAGAUAUCGAGGAGAUAGAAAAGGAGGAAGAGGAGAUGGAGGAGGCGGCUUAUCGACACAUCGCGCUCGCGGAUUUCCCGGCCAACUGCGAGGCAUUCGAGACGGCCGCCAAGUUCUGUUAUGGCGUCAAGAUCGACCUCAGCCCUUGGAACGUGGCGCCGGUUCGCUGCGCUGCGGAGUACCUCGAGAUGACCGAAGAUUUGUUCGAGGAUAACCUCGUCGCUCGCACGGAGAGGUUCCUCGCCCAAACCGUACUUCCCAGCAUCCGACAGUCAAUCCAGACCCUCAAGUCGUGCGAGGACCUACUGCCGCUCGCCGACAACCUCUCCAUCACCCAACGAUGCAUAGACGCCAUCGCCGCCUGUGCAUCUGCCGCGGACCCGAACUCCCUCUUCGGAUGGCUGGCCAACGAAGGGCACCGCGGGGGCAGCGGCAGCGGCGAGCAGAUCCUCUGGAACGGUAUCGAGACCGGGCUGCUCCGUCGCAGGAACGGCGUCCGGUCAUCCUCGUUCGCCGCCGGAGCCGGUUCUUGGUUGGAGGAUCUCGCGAUUCUAAGCCUCCCGAUGUACAAGCGCGUGAUCGCCGCAAUGAAGGCGCGCGAACUGAACUCCGACGCUAUCGAAGGAUCUCUAAUCUCCUAUGCUCAGCAGUCCAUUCCGGGGCUUUCCCGCUCCAGGCGGAAGCACUCCUCCGCGCCUGUAGCAUCGGAGACUGAGCAACGGGAGCUACUGGAGACAGUGAUCGCAAACCUUCCUGCAGGGAAGAACUCGGCGGUGGUAGCCUCCUCCUCCACCGCCACCAAGUUCCUCUUCGGCUUGCUCCGGACCGCCCACAUCCUCCGGGCCUCAGAGGCCGCGCGAACUGCUCUCGAACGCAAAAUUGCCUUGCAGCUGGAGCGGGCGACAUUGGAUAAUCUCCUGAUCCCGAGCUAUUCCUACCAUGCCGAGACGCUAUACGACGUGGACUGCGUCGAGCGGAUCCUCGGUUACUACCUUGCUGGCACAGAGGCCGAACAAGCACCACCUUUCAGAGAGGAAGGGCAAGAGGUGGAAAGGGCGGCGGCGGUGGUGGCGGGAACGCCAUCCUCGACCGGUUCGCUUCAGUCUGUCGGGAAGCUGGUGGAUGCGUACCUGGCGGAGAUAGCAUCCGACGCCAAUCUUAAGGUGGACAAAUUUUACGGCCUUGCGGUGGCGCUUCCGGACGAAGCUCGAGUUUACCAUGACGGCCUUUAUCGCGCCGUCGACAUCUAUCUCAAGACGCACCCGCGGAUGAACGAGGAAGAGAAGGAGAGGCUGUGCGGCGUGAUGGACUGCCGGAAGCUGACGCUGGAGGCAUGCACGCACGCGGCGCAGAACGAGCGGCUGCCGCUGCGGGCAGUGGUGCAGGUACUCUUCUUCGAGCAGCUGCAGCUCCGGCGGGUGAUUGCGGGGACGCUGUUGGUGGCCGAGGAAGAGACGACAGAGCCGUCAGCAGCGGUGGCUGGGAACAGGGGGACCGGCGAAGAAGGCGGUGCAUGGCGGGCGGCGAUGCGGGAGAACCAGGUGCUCCGGCUGGACAUGGACAGCAUGCGGAACAGAGUGCAGGAGCUGGAGCGCGAGUGCUCGAGCAUGAAGAAGGCGUUGGCGAAGCUGGAGGAAGGCGGCGAGGGCUUGGCGGCCGUUGAUGAAGGGGAGGAACGUGAGCGCCGACGGCAUCGGCCGGACAGAAGCCGAUUCCGUUUCCGGUUUAGCACGCAGGUGUGCGACUCUCGCGAGGGCAACGUGGUGGAGUCGAGGCAGGCGGCCAGGCGCGAGCUGAGCCCGUAGUUGCGUUGCUUUUGCUUUUGCUUUCGCGCUGGCUUCUUUUCUUUGUGUUAGUGAAGUGGACUAAAAGCGCCACCAUCUUCUAAAAACAGCCGGAAAGAAACUUGAAUCUGAUCACCCACUGAAUUUAAUUUAUGGAAGGCAGCAAUUUCUUAACAUAAACAA